GCGGCGAGUCGGGCGCGAGGCGCUAACCGGCCUGUUUGCGCCCGCGCCCCCGCGGACUGGUUAAAUACACCGGGCCCGGGCCUCCGCGGGCCACAAGCGCGACUGGAAGCUCAGCGAUGGACGCCGGCCGCAUCGUUCCCUAUUCGGCUCUUAUGCUCUUCUGCACGUCCCACAUGCUGCUGGAGAGCAGACCAGUGUCUGCUGGGCCACUCCGCCAGGUGGUAGCAGCGGGUAUCUCCACAGCAGCAGGGAGCGAGCUGCAAGAUGACAUGGAGAUUGAAGGCGCUGUUAUGUUCAGGCCAACAUAUCUCUGGCCGGCACGCAGCAUUGUGUGGUCGGGCAUCUUCACGGCAGCAGAGAGCGACCAGCAAGUUGGCACGGAGAUUGAGAGCGAGCAACAAGAUGGCCCGGAGAUUGCGAGCGAGAGGCAAGAUGGCACGGAGAUUGAGGGUUCUGUGAUGUCCAGGCCAACCUAUCUCUGGCCGGCACGCAGCACUUUGUCGUCGGACAUCUCCAAGGCAGCAGAGAGCGAUCAAAAAUAUGGCUUGGAGAUUGAAAGUGCUUUGGUGUUCAGGCCAACAUAUCUCUGGCCGGCACGCAGCAUUGUGUCGUCAGACAUAUCCAAGGCAGCAGACAGCGAGCAACAAGAUGGCACGCAGAUUGCGAGCGAGCAACAAGAUGGCCCGGAGAUUGCGAGUGAGCAACAAGAUGGCCCGGAGAUUGCGAGCGACCAGCAAGAUGGCACGGAGAUUGAGAGCGACCAGCAAGGUGGCACGGAGAUUGAGAGCGACCAGCAAGGUGGCACGGAGAUUGAGAGCGCCGUGAUUGUUAUGUUCAGGCCAGCAUAUCUCUGGCCGGCACGCAGCAUUGUGUCGUCGGACAUCUCGACGGCAGCAGAGAGCGAGCAGGAAGAAAGCAGGUCGACGCACCUGCGGCUGUCCCAAAGCGAGCCCACGCAGCAGAGGUUGUCAGGGGGAAGAGGGGCUCGCUCAGCUACCGUCGCCAAAACCAGUGACAUGGAAGUGGCAGAGAGCAUUGUGUUCAGGCCUGUUUUUAGACGGCGGAGAAGACGGCGGAGGCAGUAAAUAUGCUUAUUGCAGCUAUGAUAAGAACAUACUUUUGUUGAAACGUGGUUUUGAGACGAUAUUUAUUUAUUUAUUUAUUGUUCAGAGAUGUGUUUAAGUUUUUUAUCUAAUAAAUUAUGUUAUGUAAAAUUUCAAUAAAUGUUACUAUUAUUAUUAUAUUAAGGAAA